UGACAGUUAACCAGAAGUGUUAUUUUUACUAAUGAGUCCGCACUCUGAAAACAGUUGAUAGGUCAUUAUCAAAGGUUCAUUAUUUAACUGGACGACUUCAAUUUGUAAAGAUGCGAACAACAGUAACUUCGGUGUUGGUGUUAUUUUUGUGUAUUUUUGGUGUUAAAUCACAAUGGAGGAAAAGUCAAAGGAAAAAUGAAUGGAAUUCAAAUUCCAUAUCCAAUUGUCCACUACAAACCCACAGAAAUCCAGAGAGUUAUUGGCAUGUUGACAACUUUGGUAGACGCUACCUUCGACGUUGUCCUCAUGGACAAGCAUUCUUCGCACAUAAGUGUGCAUGCGACCAUACCCCACCACCCUGUGACCUCAGAGCUACAGACAAGAGCCCUAGACACUAUGAACAAUAUAGUAAUGGUUAUUGGAUUGAAAUGAUGUGCGCUGAUGGAACCGCUUUUAAUCCCAAUACAUGCUUAUGUUCAACUUUUAUUUAAAUGGUAGGGUUUAUACUUUUUGUAUUUGUAUAAAAAAAUGAAACACAUAUUCAGAAACAG